UAUAAAAACUUGAUCUUCCUCAGUUACAUUACUUUCUUUUGUGAAUGUGAUUUCUAAAAAAAAAAAUGAAACAGUUAAAACUUACAGGUUUUGUUAUUUUCCUGUUCUUUGUGCCUGAAUCCCUAACCCUAUCCACACAGCCUCAAGAUGUAGAUGAUGUCAGUAUCACCCAGAAAUUUAUAGAGGAGAAUGUUGGAUAUAUCACUAUCAUCGUAUUCGCUCAACAUAUUCAGGAGGCCUCCUUUGAAGAAGUAGAAGUGUUGGUAAACGCCAUGAAGGAAUAUCGAGAUAAAUGCUUGGGUGACAGGACUCUCUUAAUGUGUUCCAAAUCAGCUAAUGAUGUUUUAUUGGAAAAUAUAUGUGCUCUGGAGGGACUGCCACAAAAACAUAAUUUUUCACACUGCUGCAGUAAGGUUGACUUGGAAAGAAAACUUUGUUUCUUCCAUAAUAAGAAAGCUGAUGUAGGAUUUCUGCCUCCUCUCCCUACCCUGGAUCCUGAAGAGAAAUGCCAGACUUAUAAAAAUAACAGAGAAUCUUUUCUAAACAAUUACGUCUAUGAAGUUUCCAGAAGGAGCCCCUUUGUUUUUGCUCCUACGCUUCUCACUGUUGCUGCUCGUUUUGAGGAGAUGACUAAAACUUGUUGUGAAGAACAAGACAAAGCUAAUUGCUUUCGGACAAAUGCAGAACCUGUCAUACAAUAUUUAAAAGCAUCAUCUUCUUUUCAAAAAAAUGUUUGUGGGGCAUUUAUGAAGUUUGGACCACAAGUUUUAGGAUUGAUAAAUGUUGCUAUACUUAGUCAAAAGUUCCCCAAGAUUGAAUUUAAGGAACUUAUCUCCCUCCUAGAAGAUGUUUCUUCCAACUACGAUGGAUGCUGUGAAGGGGAUGCCGUACAGUGUAUCCGUGACAGGAGCAAGGUUAUGAGCCAUAUUUGCUCCAAACAAGAUUCCAUCUCCAGCAAAAUCAAAGAGUGCUGCGAAAAGAAAAUACCAGAACGUGGCGAGUGCAUCAUUGCCUCGAAUAAAGACAAUAGACCAGAGGACUUAGCUCUAAGAGAAGCGAAAUUUACUGAAAGCGAAAAUGUGUGUGAAGAGCGAGAUGCUAAUCAAACGAUCUUCAUGGCUGAGUUUCUUUAUGAAUACUCAAGGAGACAUCUGGAACUGUCUGUACCGGAGCUUUUAAGAAUUGCUGGGGUGUAUGAGAAUCUUCUGAAGGAGUGUUGCCGCACAGAAAACCCUCCCGACUGUUACCGCCAUGCAGAAUACAAAUUCAAUGAAACAACUGAGAAAAGCCUCAAGAUAGUACAGCGAGAAUGUGAGCAUUUCCAGAAUUUGGGGAAAGAUGACUUGAAAUACUACUACCUUAUCAAACUCACAAAGAUAGCUCCCCAGCUCUCCACUGAAGAACUGACCUUUCUUGGCAAGGAAAUGGUGACAGCUCUGGCCACCUGCUGCACACUGAGUGAAGAGUUUGCCUGUGUUGACAAUUUGAUGGAUUUAGUUCUUGGAGAGUUAUGCAGACUAAAUGAAAAUCGGAACAUCAACCCAGAUGUGGACCACUGUUGCAAAACCAACUUUGCCUUCAGAAGACCCUGCUUUGAGGGCUUGGAAGCUGAUAAAACGUAUAGACCUCCAUCUACGCCUCAGGAUUUAUUUGUCUUUCAUACAGACUUAUGUCAGUCUCAUAAUGAGGAGCUCCAAAGGAAGAAGGACAGGUUUCUUGUUAAUGUAGUGAAGCGAGGGCCUGAACUUACAGAAGCAGUGCUGCGGCCGCUGCUCUCAGACUUCACGGACGUGGUGGCGAAAUGUUGCAAAGCUGAGGACCCUGAAACCUGCUUUCGUGAAGAGGGGCCCAAGGUGGCGGCCAAAAGCCAGGCUGCUUGAGAAACACAAAACAAAACCCAACAAAGGUUGUGGGGAAAAGAGGAACACUGACUUCCCUGCUUCCUAUCUUUCCUGCGGUGGGUCUCGUUUUCUGAGAAGAAUGCGGUGAAAAGAUCCUUCUGUAACCUUUACUGAAAUCAUUUUAUUGUAGCGAGCAAUAAACAACAUCAUAAAGUUA